UCAGGUAUGUGAUACAAGCCACCAUGGAUAUUUAUAUAUUUUAUUAUUAUCAGAGAUUUUUCGUAUAUAUAGGUGCAGUGAUUUCACUGUAUUGAUAAAGUUGAAGGAUUAGGAAAAUGGGUAUCUGCAUAUCAGUUUCAGAAAAAGAUGAUGAUGAGAAUGUGAUACUAUUUGAAGAAAGGAAGAAGGUCCUGAAUGGGAGUCAGAGACUCUUCUCUGUUUACUCCAAACAGGGUACCAAAGGACUCAACCAAGAUGCUGCCUCUAUUCACCAGGGUUAUGGAACGGAAGAUGGAACAUUUUGUGGCGUUUAUGAUGGUCAUGGAGGGAAUGGACACAGAGUGAGUAAAAUAGUAAGCAGACAAUUAUCUUCCCUCAUUCUGGAACAAAAGAAUGCUCUUGAAAAGAUUGAUGCUAUAGAAAAUGGUUGUCACAACACCACCCCAAAAGACCAUGUUGGCACAAUGAAAGAGAACUCAGAUGCAAACAACUUUCAGAAAUGGAAAGAAGCAAUUGUUAGUGCCUUCAAGGUGAUGGAGAAAGAGGUCAAGCUUCAACAUAAUCUAGAUUGCUCUGGCAGUGGAACCACUGCUGUAACUAUCAUAAAACAGGGUGAAGGUCUUAUCAUAGCAAAUCUGGGCGAUUCGAGAGCAGUGAUGGGAACGAUAUGUGAAGAAAAACUCGUAGCCACCCAAUUGACCACGGAUUUGAAGCCCGAGUUACCUCGAGAAGCAGAAAGAAUAAGAAGGUGCAAUGGUUGUGUGUAUGCAUCAAAGGAAGAACCAGAAAUCCAGAGAGUGUGGAUGCCCAACAAUGAACACUCCCCUGGCCUAGCCAUGUCUCGAUCUUUUGGAGAUUUCUUGCUCAAGGAUUAUGGUGUUAUUGCUAUCCCAGAUAUUUCUCACCACCCUUUAGGAUCAAGUGAUCAAUUUAUUGUUCUUGCCAGUGAUGGGGUGUGGGAUGUACUAAGCAACAACGAGGUUGCAUCAAUUGUGUGGAGUGCAGAGAGUGAAGAGGUUGCAGCAAGAGCAGUAGUGGAAGCAGCAACUGCUGCAUGGAAAAACAAGUUUCCUUCAUAUAUGGCAGAUGACUGCACUGUGGUUUGUCUCUUCUUGCACCAGAAACCACAGCUUCAGCCAUUUCAAAACUAACCUUCGUUAGUCAGUGUUCCUUCACUAAUAUUCUGGACACCAUUUCCUCAAAUCAUGCUUUGUGAAACUAGAUGAAUUGAAAACUAGAUGUUUUUAGCAGGGGCCAAGAAACUAAGAGGAAUUGCUUCAAUCACUGAUAGAUAUUGCAUGUAUUUCAGCGAGCGUUUUGUAGAGUUAAUUUUAAAUAAAAUUGAUAUUUUUAAAAUUAAAUAAAUGCAAUGAU